AAAACCUGCCGAAUCUGUGACCAUAUGAGGGAGAAAACCCGCCCUCAGUAAAUGACUAAGAUAAUGUGAUACCGGAAGCUGCCAGCGCCGCAGAAAUUGAAGCCACUAACAUGACUCUGUUUGACAGCUUCGUUACACCGUUGCUGAUAACAGCAACGGCCACAACUCCAAAGGUGAAAUAAUCCAAAUAGCAUCAAUCAGUGAAGCUCCCUAGAUACAGUGUAGAGAGUAGCUGUGAUCAGGAUGACUCAAGAACGUCGACCUAGGCCGAGGCUUCUUCCUUGCUGCCACUGCAUCAACAAGAGUCCAACAGGUCCUCUGAGCCCUGUGGAUGAAGCACUGCCAGACCUACCUGACACAGCCUCCACUAACACAACCAUCUCCCCCACAAAUGCCCUGACUCCCAACGUCCGCGCACUGGUCGGCUCACCCAAGCGUCUCCCGCGUCCCAGAACUUCACGACACGCCCACCAAGAGGUCGGCAGCAGUCGGGAAAAUGGUACUGAGAGCGGAUCAAUGCGGAGGUCGUUCUCCAAGUCGGCCACAGAGCUCAUCCACCGGUCCAGAUCCAUCUCCGGGGACAGGUCUGCAGACAUCUCCCCUAGAGGGUCUCCGCCGCUGGACCCGCGGAAGGUCGAAGGUUGCGAGAGACCGAGGUCCACCACCCAGCCCAGACCGACCGCUUCUUUCUUCACUACACUUAGGAGAUUGAAAAAGAUGACCUCUGGACUGAAGGUAAAGACCAAGUUUCAGCGCACUCUGAGCAAGGACAGCAAAUUAGCGAGGCGGAAAGAUGUCCUCCUGGACGGGGUUCGAAGCAACUCGCAUCCAGACGUGAGCGUGGAGCGGCAGGACAGCACCACCGACUACGCAGGGGACAAUUCGUCAGCGGAACAGUCGUCGACGGGGACGCCGCUGUCCAUGUCGCCGCGACGUGGCUUUCCGCUCCUGGCUACACGACAUGAGAUAAUGAGCGAAGAACAGAAAGGAGGUGAGGAGGUGGGGAAGGAUUCUGAGGCCAGGUAUGGGGCAAACCUCGACAUACCUCCCUUCCAUGUGGACCAGAACACAGCAGACGCCAGUGCAGGAGGAGGAGAGUCUGGAGAACAAGGGAGCUUGCCCUUCACACCAUCCUUGCCUUCCCGCGCGCGCCAUGACAGUCAGGACCUGCGCGCGCACAGCCCCGCUCCCGUCUGCUAUGAGAGUGAUACUUCGCAGAACCAAGGGUCGGACAAUGCAACCGUAUUUGAGGUCUGGUCACAAGAGGACCCAGUGGUGCUGCGCCAGCGAGCACUCCGUCAGCACUCCUUCUUCCAGUUGCACGUUCACCUCAAGCGCGGGGAAGACCUGGUGGCCCGGGACGCCUGCGGCACCAGCGACCCCUACGUCAAGUUCAAGGUACAAGGGAAGCUUGUUUACAAGUCCAAGACGGUGUACAAGGACCUGAACCCCACCUGGGACGAGUCAUUCACCGUGGCUAUCGAGGACCCUUUUGAGCCCGUCAUGGUUAAGGUGUUUGACUACGACUGGGGCCUCCAGGACGACUUCAUGGGCCUCGCCUCCAUCGACCUCUCCACGCUCGAGCUGGACAAGCCACAGGAAGUGGUCUUGGCGCUCUCCGAGCCUGGCAAGUCCAACUACAUGGGCGUGCUCCAUCUCGGCCUCACACUCCAACCCAAAACACAGGAAGAGAAGGAACAGUACCUUCAACGUGGCGGGUCCCGUUUGGCAGAGCAGCAGAGGAGACUGAAGAGUCAGAUAUGGAGCUCUGUCAUAACCAUUGUGCUCGUGGAGGGUAAAAAUCUCCUACCAAUGGAUCCCGAUGGCACUUCUGAUCCAUACGUUAAGUUUCGGCUCGGCAAUGAGAAAUACAAGAGUAAAAUUGAACUGCACACACUGACUCCUAAGUGGCUGGAGCAGUUUGACUUUCAUCUAUUUGAUGAUCAAAGUCACAGCUUGGAGAUCACAGUCUGGGAUAAAGAUGUUCGAAGUAAAGACGAUUUUAUGGGCAAGUGCUGCUUAGACAUAACACAGUAUGAGCGGGAAAAGACACAUCAUAUAUGGGUGGAUUUGGACAAAGGAGCUGGGUCUUUAUUCCUCCUCCUGACCAUAUCAGGCACAACCUCCUCAGAAACUAUAUCUGACCUUCAUAGCUAUCAAGAGAAUCCCAAAGAACUGGAGAAUAUAUAUAAUAAAUAUAAGCUUUCAAGAACACUUCACAAUCUUAGAGAUAUUGGUUAUUUAAGAGUGAAGAUCUUCAGGGCUCAGGGCUUAGCUGCGGCUGACAUAGGCGGCAAGAGUGAUCCCUUUUGUGUCCUGGAGCUUAUUAAUGCCAGACUUCAAACUCAGACAGAAUAUAAGACACUCUCACCUAACUGGAAUAAGAUAUUUAGCUUUAAUGUCAAGGACAUCCAUAGUAUACUUGAGGUGACUGUCUAUGACGAAGAUAGAGACCAUAAGGUGGAGUUCUUAGGGAAAGUCAACAUUCCAUUACUGAAGAUCAAGAAUGGUGAGAAAAAAUGGUAUGCCCUAAAGGAUAAGAAACUGCGAGCUAGAGCUAAAGGGAAUAAUCCAGAGAUUCUUUUAGAAUGUUCCGUGGAGUGGAAUCCAAUACGAGCGGCCAUAAGAACGUUUACACCAAAAGAAGAAAAAUACAUGCAGAUGGAACAGAAAUUUAAACGUCAGGUGUUCGUUACUAAUGUGAACCGCCUAAAAGCAUGUAUCAUGGAUGUCUAUGAAAUGGGAAUGUUUGUCAAAUCUUGCUUUGAGUGGGAAUAUCCAGUAAGAAGCACUGUAGCCUUCAUUGUGUUCAUGGUUGGAACAUAUUGUUUUGAACCCUACAUGAUUCCCAUCAUCCUGCUAAUCUUGUAUCUCCGAAAUUACAUUAUACUCUCAAUAGUUGGCACUAUGAUGCACCGAGAAGAGGACAAUGACUUAUCUACAGAAGAUGAUGAAGUCGAUGAUGAUGACAAGGACAAGAGUGGGAAUCCAGAGGUAAGGAAAAGAAAAACUCAAAUGGAGGGUUCUGGUGGAGUUAAUGCAUCCCCUACUAACCCCAAAGAGAAGGAAGAGAAAAAGACCUUAAAAGAGAGAUUACAAGUUAUACAAGAGGUAACAGCUACGGUCCAAAAUGCAAUAGGAUUCAUAGCGUCCAUCUGUGAAAGUUGUAAAAAUACAUUCAACUUCUCAGUACCAUUCCUGUCUUGGUUGUUGAUCUUGGUGCUGAUUGUGGGGACGGUAAUUCUCUACUACAUUCCCAUCCGCUACUUGGUCAUGUUGUGGGGAAUCAACAAGUUUUCACGUAAAUUGAUUCGCCCGCACUCCGUGAUUAACAACGAAAUAUUAGACUUCUUGUCCAGAGUACCGGAUGAUGAAAUAUUGCGUGACUGUCGUGAAUUACGUCCAUUGCCCCAAUCUCAUGAUGAAAAGAGAAGAGAACAUCGAAAAAAGAAGACGAAUUAAAGCCCUUACUAUGCAUAUGCCGGGGUGUUAGUGUUCAUAAUUUACUUCCUAGACCAUGAAGGGUGCCUCGUCUAAUUCUAAAUUAUAUGUAAUUAUCUCUAAUGGUGACUAUAAACUUGAAGUUAUACAUAUUUAUGUACGUACAUCAGAUAGUGACUAUGAAAUUUAACUAAAUUAUGUGUAGUUACGUACAUCUAAUGAUUAUGAAAUUAAGUAAAGAAGUGUGAUUAUUGCAAAAAAAAUAAGGAGUGGAAAAACCAUACGGUUGAAAUGCCCUAAAGUGACAAUGACAAUACCACAAUACAGGUGCAUAAACCUAUGGAAAAGUGAAGAAACUAAUAACAGCUAAGGUUAAGGGUCUUCGUAUAACCGAGCAAUGAUAAGAAGUGUUAUUUGAAUGACUCGUACAUAAAAUACAUCUCUCUUGCCUGAGGUACAGACAUCAGCACUGUGAAAGGUUUUUGUAAGAAUCUUAGAUAUAGGAAAAUGAGAUAGACCACAAAAAUGUUCAAGUUUCAAAUACUAUAUUGUAUUUAGAUACUGUAUAUAUGUAUGCUUAAUGUUCUGCACAUAUUACUCUUAUAUUUAUUGUAUACAUAUAUAUAAUCAAGAAAAGAAAUAAGAAAAAUUAAUGAAAAACAUAUAUGUACUGAAUACAUUUAAAUAUACAGUAGAGACAAGCACAUACACAUACACAGAGCAUAGAGAGGAAAGUGUGAUAACCCAAUAUAGGUUUGCCAAGGGACACAAGAAAUCGGACAGAAGAAUUUUAGAAAAGUUAGGUAAACAUAACAAGAGGCUGCAGUUGCAAAUUAAGAGUGGAACUUUAGAUAAAGAUACGAGGAAGUAUUUUUUAACACCCAGUGUACUUAUACCUGGCUAGAUUAAACCCCAGUAAAGGGGCAGUUUGGGCCAAAACCUCCUGAAGUUUCAAAACUAUUAUUCGGUGUCAUUUUUUUUUUUAAUACAUAUAAUAGAAAACGGUUACCAUGAGCAUAGCUCUCCUCCUAUAACAGCAGACAACAGAUAGGUGUUACACAAAAUGCACUUAUGUAUACACGACACAGGUGGAGUAGUAGUAGUACGGUAAACCCUUACCUGCUUGCAAGGCUGAUUUAGUUUCAGAGAGCCUUGGGAAGAAGACCAAAAUAUAAUAAUGCAGAUAACUUUGUUCUUCAUCAUCAUUAUUAUAUAGUAAUAUCACUUUAGUAUACUGUAAUUUUAUUCAAAAACAGAAAUCAUUUCAAUUCAUUAUUAACCUAUAUAGGUGCAUAGUAACUAUGAACAAAUGCACAUUGAGGCACUUAAACGUUUUAAACACUAUCAGUGUUUAAAAUUAAAUUAAUUUAAUCAACUAUUUCAUAAUACUUCUUGAAUUAAAGAAACAACCUGAGAAGAAGUUCAAAUAGUAGUCACUCUUCAUUUAGAGUCUGUAGUAACUUUAUUAUUUAUAAAUUAAAAAAUUUUAUGGUUCAACUCACAUUGUAAAUGUAUUUGGCAUUCUUAAUUCUAGUAUUUCCUAGUAAAUUUUUCAGAGAGUCACACUUCCUGUCAAGAGGCCUCAUUUUAUGACAACACUCAUGAGGAAUACCAAGUCAUCUUGCCCAGCUUAGAGAUGAAAUUGCUGUCAUUGAUAGUUUAUUAAUUCCUGGGUUCCUGAUUACAAAACUAUAGAAUAGGCAGUCUUUCACAAGCCACCAGCAUCCUGUCCUUAUCAAGUCCACUAUUUCUAGUGGCUUUCAGGUAAAUUCAGGUAAGUGUCAGUGCAACAGUAUCAAAGGGUACAUGAUGUUAGCUGGAAUAAGCUAGUCAGCACUACCAGACAUAUCUUUUGCAUUUUCUUGCUUCUAUUAUUCUAAUACAUUAGAGUAUAUCACUGUUAGUUAAUACAUAUCAAUUUAUAUGGAUAUCUGUUUUGCAUAAAUAAUUCCUGUUUAUUAUUCAUGAAAUGAUCGGGAUUUUCCUCCAUGUCAUAUUGUCGUACUACUUUUUCCAACAUCUUAAAGGUUGUUAAUCCAUAGAAGGUAUAAAAUCAAAGUAAUGUAGAAGCAGUGGUGUCCACACUUUCCAUCACGAAGAGGUCGUUUUUGUUGUUUGAGAUUCAGCUACUUGAGACAAAAAGUUCAAUGUAGCUCUGGCUAUGGUAAGCCCAUAGUGGACUUUUGCACGAAGAGGUGUUUGGUCAGAAGUAUAGGGCUUCCGCAUGUAAGAUUGGUGCACUUUAUUCCUUAUUAUGCACAGUUUUUAAUUCAUUAAACAUUUACAUCUUCAUCCAAUAACACUAUAAAGUGACCAAAUGUGCUUUAAUCUGUCACUAAUACAGUAUCAACUCUAAAUGCAGGUAAUUUUUAGCCCGGCCCUCAUGGAAAUUCCAUACAAGAUAUUUAUUCAGAAAAUAUUAAUUUAUUUCCCUAAAAAACGUAAUGUUGAUGAUAUCUGCACUCCUGAUUUGUCACAAUUUUCACUAAAAUGCAUUUAAAAAAUAUACAGUAUGUUCAUAUGAAGUGAUAGAUCUGUAUGUAAAAGCAAGGAACAAAUAAAAUUUAUCAACAUUCUACCUAGGAUGGAAGCCAAAGGAGAUACAAUCCCCCUCCCCCCCCCCUUCCCUCUUCCUUCCUCCCUUUUGGCUAUAAAUUAAUAAUGGGGGUAAGCUGCUGCCUCCCAGACCUGCUGGGUAGUACAGCAACAUCUGUGAAUAGCAAUUAGAACUAAUUGGAACCGAUUGCAAAUCAAACAUUGGCACAAAAGAUGCGAUUGCAGUUCAAACAUUGGCACAAAAGAUGUGAUUGCAGUUCAAACAUUGGCACAAAAGAUGCGAUUGCAGUUCAAACAUUGGCACAAAAGAUGCAUCAUUUUAUGCACCCACUCAACAAUGUAACUUGCCCUGAGCUCAUCAUAUGAUGUACCUGGACUUAAGUCUUCAGGGUUAAAUUUGAUUUAUGCCGAGAUAAAGAAGAAAGUGUACCUGCAAUGAAAAUAAAAUAGAAUGUGCAUCCAAUAAAGUCUUACAUAGGGUAAGCAUAUCAGACUCUCUGGGGCCUUGAUGCUCAGGAACAUUGUUGGUGUGCAUAAUAAUGCCAUCAGCCUCAGGCCAUUCACAUCAAAGUUUGACUAAUUUUAAUUAAACAAAAUUUUCAUUCUUAGCCUACAAUGUACAAUAUUUCAGUAAACAGGAAAAUGGUGAUGUCAGUGUAUGCAUAUCUAUAUAAAUAAAAAUCUUAAAUGUUUUGCUAGGAAAAAUACAAAUUUGCAAACUAUGAAUUAGCAAACAUGUAAGGAUUUACUGUACUAUAUAUAUAUCAAACUCCAUAUGGCCAGUAGUUAUCAAGUAGAUAGGAAACAACCCUUCAUAAAGAUCUUAUAUUAUAAUGAUUAAAACCUUCAAAAUACUAUAGGCAUUAUUUUAUGAAUUACUGUAAUAGUUAGUAACUGAAAUGAAGUAAAGAUUCCAUAGUCAGACUAUUCUAUGAUGACUGCCAGAUUGACUGGAAUCUUGAAAGUUUAAUAUUUUAUGAAUUAAAACUAUAAUGUACAAGAAUAUUAAAAAAAAAAAUAGAAUCCCAGUAUUCUGAUGGGUUCUAUUUUUAAGCAGCACUCUAAGAAUCCCAGUUUUAUGCAUUUGUAUGAGUGUAUUUAAUUGUUGUUGUUGUUGUUAUUGAAAGUCUUUCAUAUGUCUUUGUAUUGCAAUUUUCAUAAAGGUUUUCUGCAGAGAUUUAUAGGAGUUGAUUUUAUGGUGAUGUGAAUGAAUGGAGUAAUGAAAUUCAGUAUUAGUGAUUUUUCUCCGCACUUUAGUAUUUGUAGUAUCUGCAUAUAAAUGAAGGACUGUUAUACAGUAAUCAGUGGGAUUACAGGUGCUGCGCUGUACUUCGAGCAUUGGGAUGAUUUGGAGAAAAAAAAAAUGUUUUGUAGGGUGAGUGAAGGAAACGACCCUUCAUGAUAAGGAACCUGUAUUGAUAUCUCCAUAAUACUGUGUAAAGUCAUUUAACAUCAAAGAUGACACACUCUGAUACUUGUUAUUUAGAUAAUAAUCAUGUCCUUGUAAAUUAACCAGCAAUCAAAUGAGCUUUAAAUCCUGUGAGGUAUCAAAAUGUGCUGUCCUUAUC